AUGGCCAGCAUCGUAUGGGCCUCCCUGGCUGCUCUCCUGCUGCUGCCUCUGGUGGCCGCCAUGCACUCCGACUGCAUGUUCAAGCAGGAGCAGGUCCUGUGCCUGGAGAAGAUCCGAAAGGCCAACGAGCUGAUGGGCUUGAACGCCUCCUCCCAUGGCUGCCCUGGGAUGUGGGACAACAUCACGUGCUGGAAGCCCGCCCGCGUGGGCGAGAUAGUCCUGGUCAGCUGCCCCAAGUUCUUCCAAAUCUUCGAUCCGGACCAAGUCUGGGAGACAGAAACCAUCGGAGAGCUUGGUUUUGAAGACCUUAAGUCCUUGGACCUCUCAGGCAUGAGGGUGGUGAGCCGGAACUGCACGAAGGACGGCUGGUCGGAGACCUUCCCUCACUAUUUAGAUGCUUGUGGGUUUGAUGAAUAUAAUGAAUCUGAGUCUGGGGACCAGAGUUACUACUACAUGUCGGUGAAGGCCCUGUACACAGUUGGCUACAGCACGUCCCUCGUCUCCCUCACCACUGCCAUGGUCAUCUUGUGUCGCUUCCGGAAGCUGCAUUGCACCCGCAACUUCAUCCACAUGAACCUGUUCGCGUCCUUCAUGCUGAGGGCCAUCUCUGUCUUCAUCAAGGACUGGAUCCUGUAUGAGGAGCAGGACAACAACCACUGCUACAUCUCCACCGUGGAGUGCAAGGCCAUAAUGGUUUUCUUCCACUACUGCGUUGUGUCCAACUACUUCUGGCUGUUCAUCGAGGGCCUGUACCUCUUCACCCUGCUGGUGGAGACCUUCUUCCCCGAGAGGAGAUACUUCUACUGGUACACCAUGGUUGGCUGGGGGUCCCCAACCAUCUGUGUGUCGGUGUGGGCUGCGCUGAGGCUCUACUUUGACAACACAGGCUGCUGGGAUAUGAAUGACAGCACUCCUCUGUGGUGGGUGAUCAAAGGCCCCGUGGUUGGUUCCAUAAUGGUGAACUUUGGGCUCUUCGUGGGCAUCAUCUUCAUCCUCGUGCAGAAACUUCAGUCUCCAGACAUGGGAGGCAACGAGUCCAGCGUCUACUUCAGCUGCGUGCAGAAAUGCUACUGCAGGCCAGAGCGGGCUCAGCAGCACUCUUGCAAGAUGUCAGAACUGUCCACCAUUACUCUGCGGCUGGCGCGGUCCACCCUGCUGCUCAUCCCGCUGUUUGGGAUCCACUACACGAUCUUCGCCUUCUCCCCCGAGUAUGUCAGCAAGAGGGAGAGGCUGGUGUUCGAGCUGGGCCUGGGCUCCUUCCAGGGCUUCGUGGUGGCUGUUCUCUACUGCUUUCUGAACGGGGAGGUGCAGGCGGAGAUCAAGCGUAAGUGGCGGAGCUGGAAGGUGAACCGCUACUUCGCCGUGGACUUCAAGCACCGGCACCCGUCCCUGGCCAGCAGCGGGGUGAACGGGGGCACCCAGCUCUCCAUCCUGAGCAAGAGCAGCUCCCAGAUCCGCAUGUCCGGCCUCCCGGCCGACAACCUGGCCACCUGA